UCGGACGAAGAAAGAGGACUUUGCAGAUUUUAGCAGAGUUUACAUUAGUUGUCUUGUACUCUUUGUAUUUUCCAGAGUUCAGCUCUUUUUUAAGAAUAUUAUACUUUGUUUUUGUGCUAAAAUUAAAACUUAAGCAGAUCCAUCGGAUCCACUGAGAAGACAAGACUACUCAUCUUUUUCGCACCAACCUUCCCGAUCCAGUCCGAGAGCUCCUUCAUCUGAGACACGAGAUGGAUCCUUCCCGUCUAAUCCUCAUCACUGUCGGUCUUGUUGCUGUAGGAUUCCUGCAGCUUGUGACCUCUCAACCAAUCCCACUGGACAUGGUUCCUGAAGCUGUUGAUGACAUGUACAGUGGAUGCAAGAAGGAAAUGGCGAAGAAGGUCAAAUACACAUAUUUCAAAAAAGAGUUUAAUGGAGCAUUUAAACAGGCCUGGAUAAAUGCAGAAAAGUGUUCAAACAAACCUAAAGACGCAGUGGAUAAGGCUCUCAACAAAGACCACAUGCGAGCAAUCUGCGCUUAUUCAUCUAACGACAUUUAUUCACAGUUCAAUACAGCAGUCAGAACCAAUAAGAAAACCUACAGCAGCUCUUUCAAAUUCCACUCUUUACAUUUCUGGCUGACUUCUGCCAUACAAAUCCUGAAAGACCAUCAAGGCUGUCACAAUACUUUUAGAAGAACCAAAUCUGUGUUCACCGGCAAAGUUAACAACUUGAUGCGGUUUGGUUCGUUUGCCUCCAGCUCUUUCAGAAGAGACCUUUAUGGCUUUGGUAGUGAGACCUGCUUUCACAUGCGGACCUGUUUAGGAGCCUACCUGAAGCAUUAUCCAAUCUUUCAAUCAGUGGAGAAAGAAGUGCUCAUCCCCCCCUAUGAAAUAUUCAAGAUAACCCACAUUUUUAAUGGCCAGGGUACAUGUCCGCCUCUGCCUGACUGUAAGAGGGUCUUUGUUUUGCAAAGUGUUGGAAAGCAGAGUAAACUUAACUGCAGAGUUGCAAAGUAAGAGAGAGCAGAGUUUUCUCCAACUGAUGCAGAACAUGUAAUAAAAUGAGUUUAGUUCUGUAAAGUUGAUAAAUCAAUAAAUAAAUGUAUAAAUGAUUAAAGUGCUGUAGUGAAGUCAGUGACGGAGCAUCACAGCACCAUCUAUGACUGUGUGCAGGAUUUACAUUGAUGUCUAUGUGCAGCAGACUGUAUGUCUGUAUGGGAUCAAUACAUGUGUGACAUCACACACAUCUGGAUCUUCUCUGUUUACAUUUUCAUGUUUGCAUUAUUAUUUCAUUGAAGGUUUGAUUGAUGUUGCAGUUUGUUGCUUUUUAUCAAUGAUAUGUGUUGCAGCAAUAUAACUUUGUGGUGUUGAACAAUGAUAAUAAAGCUGUUUCUGAUUCU